AUGGAGUCAGCACAAAAGCCUGUCGCCUCAGGAAAUAUUCAAGAACACGAGUCGAACCUUGCCCCUGAUCAGCCCGAGACUACACAUGGACUCCUUCACGAAAUCCGUUGUUACCCCAAGAUUGUCGCAUAUUCCUUCGGUCUCGCCCUGAAUUUUCUUCUCACUGGAUACGACACCGUUAUCCUUGGCACGAUCACCGCUGUCCCAUACUUCAAACGUGAAUUCGGCCAGCUAUACGACGACGCAUAUAUCAUCCCGGCAGCAUGGCUAUCGGUAUGGAGUGCAAUGGCACCGAUAGGGUCAAUGCUGGGUGCAGCUGCAGCCGGAUGGCUCCAGGAUCGUCUCGGUCGUCGCAUGUCGCUGGCCCUGAGCUCUGUGAUAUGUGCAAUCGGGAUCGCCAUUGCGUUCUGCUCGAAUCUCCCAGAUGACAUGGAGUCUAGGAGAGGUGCAUUCCUCGUCGGACGUCUCAUUCAAGGGUGGGGAGUUGGGGGUGCUAUGGCUGGGGCCCAGACAUAUCUCUCAGAGUCGGUUCCCACCAGUCUGAGAGGAUCUGCAAUGGCCCUUUCGCCAACUUUCAUGCUAUUAGGGGAGCUUAUCGGCGCGGCUGUUAUUUUCGGCUGUGAAAAGAAAGACACCGCAGCCGCAUAUCUGAUUCCCUUUGGUACCCAGUGGAUCUUUACCGUUCUGCCGUUUGCUUUGGCAAUUGUCAUGCCAGAAAGUCCAUCUUAUCUCAUCCGGACCGGUAACUACGACAAAGCAUACGAGGCGAUGAAGUCUCUGCACACGACAGCAAUUGAUGUCACUCCCUUGCUGAAUCAAAUGCAACUAUCCAUUGCCCAUGAGCAAGAGGUUUAUCAAGAGCUAUCAUAUCUUGAUUGCUUCAGAGGAACCAAUAGACGCCGAACGGCUAUUGUGGGAUUCGCAUUUAUGGUUCCCAGCUUUUUUGGAGUUCCACUGUUAGCCAGUGCAAGCUAUUUUAUGCAAAUGGUCGGGAUGGACUCUAGUCUCAGUAUCAUCGUUCUGAUUCUCGGCAUUGUCUUGGGAUUGUUAGCCAAUGCGGUCGGUAUCUGGUUUAUGAGUCUCAUGGGAAGGCGCCGCCUCAUGCUCAUUACACUAGCCAUUACUACGGCCAUAUGGCUAAGUAUGGGGAUUUCUGGUUGCUGGUCAGGAAAUGUCGUGAUUUGGUACACCGCAGCUUGUAUGAUGGCAGUGGUUGUUGUAUGCGGCAUGGGCGCUUGGCCAGCUUCAUAUUCAGUGGCCGGCGAAGCUUCUUCCCUGCGGCUUCGCGCUAAGACUCAAGGCAUUGGCGUUUUUUGCUACAUGUUGUCUAACGUGGUUUUCAACCUUGUCUUGCCAUAUAUCUACAACACUGAUGCUGGAGACCUUAAAGGCAAAACAGGAUUUGUGUAUGCCGGACUGUGCUUUAUGACAUUCGCGAUCACAUGGUUAAUUAUUCCGGAGAUGAAAGGUCGCUCGGCUUUGGAUAUCGACGCGAUGUUUGAAGCCAAACUCCCUUGCAGACGGUUCAAGAACUGGUCUAGUGAGGAAAUGCCCCAUAAAGAGGGAGCCAUCUAG